UCAGAAGGGAAGUAUAUUUUUCUCCUAAACAAUGACAUUGAUGAUUUCAUUUUCCACUUGGUAUAUUGUGGAAGUUGUGGUCACUGAAUAUCUUUUGUGCAUGGCUCAUUCUGAUACAACUGUUGGAAGGAUGCUUGUCGGGAACAAAUAUGAUUUGGAGAAUAUAAGGAGUGUGAGCGUGGAGGAAGGCAAGAGUCUCGCAGAAUCAGAGGGAUUGUUCUUCAUGGAGACAUCUGCAUUAGAUUCAACAAACGUUAUAACAGCUUUUGAGAUGGUUAUUCGAGAGAUCUACAACAACGUUAGCAGGAAGGUACUGAACUCUGAUUCUUACAAAGCGGAAUUAUCUGUCAAUCGGGUUAGCCUUGUCAACGAUGGGAGUGACGGUACAAAGCAGACACAAUGCUUAUAUUCUUGUUGCUCCAGAUGAUCGAAAUUUUAAGAU